AUGGCAUUCAGGAGGUUCACAAUGGUUGCAUUCGCUGCCUUUGUGGGUGUCAAGAGCUUUACAAUAAUGCCAUGUUUGCAAUAUAUGAAUCGCCGAUCAUGUCGACCAACGUCGCCCCGGCUAUUCGACACAUCUUCUAACACCGAUUCUAGUGAUGAUGCGCCAUCCACGUCGAAGAAGGUGGAGUUUUGGCUCGACCUCCGCGAAACGGCCAUACUUCCAACAGCUGCUCUAGAGUUUUUGCGAGAAAAUUUAUCUGACGAUGACGAAGAUUCACCUUGUCUGGAAAUAGACAUUGACCGGAUUCUUGUGGCCACCAACAAGGCUCAAGCUUAUCGAGAGAUAUCCGAUGAGGAUUUCAUUCAACCUGCGCUCCUGUAUGUUUCAAAGGACAAUGACUCUGAACUUUGUUCAACCAAGGAUGGAGUAACGGAAUCUUUUGGCGAAAUCGUUGCCAUGAAUGGGUCCGCUGGUGUUGAGAAUCCAUUAAAAGUUAUCCAGACUCUAUCUUCUGGAAAAUGGAUAGUCCUCGUGCAGCGCUGCAAUGAAAAGGACGUCGAGGAGUCAAUGCUCAAUACAGUUGGUGACUUUCUGGAAAUCGCUAGCAACAGCAUCUCUGGUUCUUGGCUUGCUGCGCUUACUUCCGAUAGCCCCCUUGCAUACCCUAGCAAAGAUCUCGUUGUACCCCAUUCUCAAGAGAUGGGUGAGGGGACGAACGGAGCAGGAGUUGCGAUCAAAUGUUCUUCAUCCACCUCCCUUAUGCAGCUUGCUUCGUCCAUAGAGUUUUCCGGUUCAGGAAUGUCAACGACUAUGCUUGACAGCGGUAUUUUAAUUCAAGACGUCAUGACGGAUAAAAGGAAUCUGCCAAUUGCUCUGCUGCUUCCAUUUGAUGUUUCAAUAUGGAGAGUCGCAAAUACGCUAUAUGCGAAUAGGACAGAGUAG